AUGGAUGAACAACAAAUCAGAUUGCUGCUGGCUGACGGGGUGUUGUUCAAAUCCUUGAAAGAGUCGCCAGAUCGAGAUUGCUGGGGAGGAAGCAAAAGGAAGAAGAACCUUCUGGUGGUCAAGAUGUCGUCCCCGUGGUUGGCCUUUUGUGCGGCGGUGCUGCUCGCCGUGGGCGCCUCUUCGACGGUUGUCAGGGCAUCGUACCCGCCGUCGUCGUCUCUGAAGGUCGGGUUCUAUAAGCACUCCUGCCCGCAGGCCGAGAACAUCGUGCGCGAUGCCGUCCGCCGCGCCCUCGCCCGCAACCCCGGCUUUGCCCCGGGCCUCAUCCGCAUGCACUUCCACGACUGCUUCGUCAGGGGUUGUGACGGCUCGGUGUUGAUCAACUCGACUCCGGGGAACACGGCGGAGAAGGACUCUGUGGCCAACAACCCGAGCAUGCGUGGCUUCGAGGUCAUCGACGACGCCAAGGCCGCCCUGGAGGCCGCCUGCCCGCGCACCGUCUCCUGCGCCGACGUGCUCACCUUUGCGGCGCGUGACAGUGCCUCCCUUGCCGGCGGCAUCAACUACAAGGUCCCAGCUGGCCGACGCGACGGCCGCGUGUCCCUCUCGGAUGAGGUGCUCAACAACAACGUCCCCGGCCCUUCAGACGACGUCGCCGAGCUCAUCGCCAGCUUCCGCCGUAAAGGCCUCUCCGCCGAUGACAUGGUCACGCUCUCCGGCGCGCACACCAUAGGCCGAUCCCACUGCUCCUCCUUCACGCAGCGCAUCCACAACUUCACCGGCAAGGUAGGCACGACCGACCCGUCCAUCGACUCGUACUACGCGGCGGACCUGAAGCGGCAGUGCCCGAUAUCAACGGACAACACUAACGACCCUACCGUCGUGCCGCUGGAUGUGGUCACGCCGAGAGAGUUCGACAACCAGUACUACAAGAACGUGCUGGCCCACAAGGUGCCGCUCAUCUCCGACCAGACGUUGCUCACCAGCAAAAAGACUGCCGGAAUCGUCGCGUUUCACGCUGCAGUGGAGAGGGCGUGGAAGGCCAAGUUCGCCGCCGCCAUGGUCAAGAUGGGCACCGUCCACGUCCUCACCGGCGACGAAGGAGAGAUCAGGGAGAAGUGCUUCGUUAUCAACCACCACUAGCUAAUUCACCGCUACAAGUCCAUUCAGAUGCAUACUAGCUGUCAAUAUAUACCCUGAAAGUAAAUCCGUCGAUGAGCUA